GGAAAACAAACUUCAUCUGCUUCUUUUCGUUCCCUUCGAUUCUUUUCUGCAUCUGCCUCCAGAACUGCAACCCAUGAUCAAAUGAACCGCAUCUGAGAACUCCACCCAAAACCAACCUCUUAAAACCGCAAGACGCUCUUCUCGAUUAUUUGCAGCGGCAAUGGAACCAGACGUCAGCAUUGAGAGCGGUUGCGUGAUCAGAAUUGCUGUUCUACCCAUCGGCUCGAUCCCACAAGUGCAGUUGAGGGACUAUGUAUCGAUAUUGGUCCGUCACAACAAAGUCGAGCUCUCCGCCAUCAGUUCCUUCUACACGGAGCACCAGAAGAGCCCCUUCGCUAACCAGCCGUGGGAGACUGGUAGCCUUAGAUUCAAGUUCAUGGUCGGUGGAUCACCUCCUAGUCCGUGGGAAGAUUUCCAGUCUGACCGUAAGAUCCUCGCCGUAAUUGGGCUCUGCCAUUGCCCUUCUUCGCCGGAUCUCGAUGUUGUUGCUGAGCAGUUUGCAACAGCAUGCAAGAGAUACUCUUCUGCUCUUGUCGAGCGGUGCUUUGCAUUUUGCCCUGGCGAUUCUCAGCUAGAGGAUGGUGGUAAAAAAGGGAACAAUAUAGUAUUGUUUCCUCCUGCUGAUCGGCAAACUCAGGAAUUCCACUUGCUGACAAUGAUGCAAGACAUUGCAGCUUCAUUAUUGAUGGAGUUUGAAAAAUGGGUUCUUGGUGCAGAAUCUGCCGGAACUAUUCUGAAGACGCCAUUAGAUUCUCAAGCCAGUCUCAGCUCAGAGGAGGUGAUAAAGGCCAAAAAACGUAGGCUUGGGCGGGCACAGAAGACUAUUGGGGAUUAUUGCUUGUUGGCAGGCUCACCUGUUGAUGCCAAUGCUCACUACUCUACAGCAUUAGAACUUGCCAGGUUGACAGGGGACUUUUUCUGGUAUGCUGGGGCGAUGGAAGGCAGCGUAUGCGCCUUACUGAUAGAUCGGAUGGGCCAAAAGGACCAAGUUUUAGAGGACGAGGUGAGAUAUCGUUAUAAUAGUGUGAUCCUUCAUUACAGAAAGCCGUUCAUGCAAGACAAUGCUCAAAGAGUUUCAACUCUAAGCUUUGAACUCGAAGCCACUUUGAAAUUGGCUAGAUUUCUUUGCCGAAGAGAACUGGCUAAGGAAGUGGUCGAGUUAUUGAUGACUGCAGCAGAUGGGGCAAAAUCUUUGAUUGAUGCCAGUGACCGGCUGAUAUUAUAUGUUGAAAUAGCUCGGUUGUUUGGUGCUCUUGGUUAUCAACGUAAAGCUGCCUUUUUUUCAAGGCAGGUUGCUCAGCUGUAUUUACAACAAGACAAUAGUUUGGCUGCUAUUAGUGCGAUGCAAGUGUUGGCACUGACCACAAAGGCCUAUCGCGUUCAAAGUAGAGCAAUCAGCUCAAAGUCUCCCAAUAAGGAAAUUGGAUCAACUCAUGCCGAUACUGGGAAAAUGCAUCCCCAAUCAGUUGUCUCGUUAUUUGAGUCUCAAUGGAGCACCUUGCAGAUGGUUGUGCUGAGGGAAAUUCUGAUGUCUUCUAUUCGUGCUGGAGAUCCUCUUUCUGCAUGGAGUGCAGCAGCUCGCCUACUUAGGUCUUAUUACCCUCUCAUCACACCUCCUGGGCAAAGUGGACUUGCAAGUGCACUUAGAAAUUCAGCAGAAAGACUCCCUUCUGGAACUCGCUGUGCUGAUCCUGCCCUACCUUUUAUCAGGUUGCAUUCUUUUCCUCUCCAUCCAUCAGAAAUGGAUAUUGUUAAACGCAAUCCAGGGAGGGAAGAAUGGUGGGUAGGCUCAGCUCCUUCAGGGCCUUUUAUUUAUACACCAUUCAGUAAGGGAGAGCCAAAUAAUAGCAGUAAGCAGGAGCUGAUUUGGAUUGUUGGGGAACCAGUCCAAGUUCUGGUGGAAUUGGCUAAUCCAUGCGGCUUUGACUUAAUGGUUGACAGUAUAUAUCUGUCAGUCCAUUCUGGAAAUUUUGAUGCCUUUCCCAUAAGUGUGAGUCUUCCACCUAGUUCAUCAAAAGUCAUCAGUUUAUCAGGGAUUCCAACGUCUGUGGGUCCAGUAACAAUUCCAGGAUGCACUGUUCAUUGUUUUGGUGUUAUAGCCGAGCACCUUUUCAGGGAUGUUGAUAACUUGCUCCUUGGAGCAGCACAAGGACUCGUACUUUCUGACCCUUUCCGUUGCUGUGGGUCCCCCAAGUUAAGAAAUUUAUCUGUGCCAAAUAUUUCAGUGGUACCACCUCUACCUCUGCUUCUUUCUCAUGUGGUAGGAGGUGAUGGUGCUGCUAUCUUAUAUGAAGGUGAAAUUCGUGAUGUGUGGAUAAGUCUGGCAAAUGCAGGAUCUGUUCCAGUUGAACAAGCACAUAUUUCACUAUCAGGGAAGAAUCAAGAUUCUGUUAUUUCAGUUGCAUAUGAAGCCCUAAGCUCAGCUCUUCCUUUAAAGCCAGGUGCAGAAGUUAUGAUACCAGUGACUGUAAAAGCUUGGCAGCUUGGCUUGGCAGACCCUGAUAAUGCUGCUGGCAAGAGUAUUUCAGGAAAUGCUGGGAGGAUAUCAAAAGAUGGAAGCAGCCCCAUGUUUGUUAUUCAUUAUGCAGGGCCACUGGAACAUCCCGGAGACAGCAAAAUAAAUGGUAAUGUUGUGCCUCCAGGUAGACGUCUGGUUGUUCCAUUGCACAUCUGUGUUCAGCAGGGGUUGUCCUUUGUGAAAGCUCGUUUGCUUUCAAUGGAAAUUCCAGCACAUGUUAGUGAAAACCUGCCUAAGCCAGUUUAUCUAGAGAAUGGUUCUAUGGAAGAAGCCACAGUUCCUGAUACCAAGACUGAAAGCUUGGUACAGAUCGAUCCAUACAGAGGAAGUUGGGGUCUGCGCCUUCUUGAGCUUGAGUUAUCUAAUCCAACUGAUGUUGUAUUUGACAUUAGUGUUUCUGUCCAGCUGGAAAGUGCAAAGGAUGAGGAUACUUCUACUUUUGUUGAUCAUGAUGCUGCUGAUUUUGGUUAUCCAAAAACUAGAAUUGAUAGGGAUUACUCUGCAAGGGUACUGAUACCCCUGGAGCAUUUCAAGCUCCCUAUUCUUGAUGGAUCAUUUUUUGCAAAGGAUUCUCAGGCAGAUGAUGUUACCACUAGUAGAAGUUCAAGCUUUACAGAGAAGAAUACCAAGGCUGAAUUGAAUACUUCUAUCAAGAACUUGAUCUCCAGAAUAAAGGUCAGAUGGCAAUCUGGACGGAACAGCUCUGGGGAAUUGAACAUCAAGGAUGCCAUACAAGCAGCUCUGCAAACAUCGGUCAUGGACAUAUUGCUGCCAGAUCCGUUAACUUUUGGCUUCAGGCUAGCUAAAAAUGGUACUACACAAGUUGACUCAUCAAGAGAAUCCAAUAUUCAAGUGAAGUCUCCAAGCUCUAAAGGUUCCAUACUUGCACAUGACAUGACUCCCAUGGAAGUUCUUGUUUGCAAUAACACUAGGGAAAUGAUCAAGAUGAGACUUAGUAUCUCUUGCAGAGAUGUUGCGGGCGAGAAUUGCAUCGAGGGUAGCAGAGCUACUGUCCUAUGGGCUGGUGUUUUGAACGGCAUCUGUGUGGAGGUUCCCCCUCUUCAAGAAAUUAAGCAUUGCUUUUCCCUGUAUUUCCUGGUUCCGGGUGAGUACACGCUAGUAGCUGCCGCUGUUAUUGAUGAUGCUAAUGACAUUCUCAAAGCUCGUGCCAAAGCUGAUUCAUCUGAUGAACCGAUCUUCUGUCGUGGGCCUCCAUUCCAUGCCCGUGUCAUUGGGAGCACAUGAUCUUUUUAUCCACCUCAAUUUGACUGGCAGCUUGUAUUGAUUACAAAUGAUGGAUGGCCAAAGAAGACCAAGUGAUACCUUGUGGUUCAGGACACAGGUUUGGUUGGUGAUACUCCCAUCUCCAACGAAUGCAUUUCUGCUAAUGCUUCAUAGUAUGUGUAACUUGAUGGUUUUGGGGGCCUAUGUAUAAAUGUACGUGUGGGCACCAGGCACAGGUACUGGAUUGAGUUCACAAGACAGGUGGGCGGUGAAAAUUUUCUCAGCUUCAUGGAGUUCUAUUAAAGGGAAAUUAUAGGUGGUUACGGAGGACCUUUUGCGUUCCACUUUUAUAGUUCCGGCUAUUGGAUUGUUAUACUCGUCUC